GAUUCCUGACUGUACGAGCAGACAGACAUCUGGGGAGGAGCGGGAAAAGAAAAGGAGGUGGAGUGGCAGUGCUUGUCAACAACAGAUGGUGCCAUCCAGGUCAUGUUUCAGUGAAAUGUCGUCUCUGCAGCCCAGAUGUUGAACUCUUGGCAAGAGGAGUGUGAAACUAAAGGAGGUGGGACGAGCAGUCGGUGUCUGCAAGAAGAUCGUGGCUGCCUUCUCCAAUUCAUGGAAGAGAAGAGGGGAACUGGCCAAGGCUCAAGCAGAUCAAAAUCCACCCAUGCCACCUCAUCAGCUGAUCACAGAAACCCCUACAAGGUGGGGCUCAGUGCAAGCAAUGGUUGAAAGGGUGAUCGAGCAGGAGAAAGCUCUCUCACAAGUCCUCCGAGCUGACAAGACAACACGUCACCUGGUGCCAUCUUGGCAGGAUAUGGAGGUUCUGGAGUCUGUGAACAAGGCGCUGACUCCUCUCAAGGAGUUUACAGAUGCCUUGUCUAGAGAGCUUCGCCCAAGUGUUUCCUCCUUGAAACUCGUCCUCCAUCUGUUCAACAACCAGAUUCUCCAGCAUCAGGAUGGCGACACUGAGCUCACCACGUCUAUAAAAGAGGGCAUACUAAAAUACUUAAAUGAAAAGUAUGAUGACCAGACAACCCAGGACCUGCUUGACAUUGUGUCUCUUGUGGACCCUCGAUUCAAAACCACAUACAUCAAAGAAGAGGGUGGAUGACAUCAAAACAAGAGCUGCUGUAGAGCUACAGAAGAUGGUGGCCGAACAAACAGAGGCAGUCCCUCAAUCAGCUCCAUCAGACACUGCCAAAGGUCAGGAUGAGCCAGAGGAGGUUCCUGCUAAGAAGAAAAAUAAGAGUUUGAGCAGGUACUUUAAACCAUCAGCAAAGCCAAGCCAAGUGGCCCCACGUUCAACCAGAGAGUCUAUUGAAAAGGAGCUAAGCCUCUAUCUCCUACUGGAAGCUGGUCCAGACACAGAACCACUGGAAUGGUGGAAGAGAAAUGAGGCACAUUUUCCCCUAGUGGCCAAGCUAGCGAGGAAAUAUUUAUGCAUUCCUGCCACAAGUUCCCCAUCAGAGCGGGCUUUCAGUGCAAGUGGGAACAUUGUGUCAUGCCAGAGGUCAGCACUGAAACCAGCAAGAGUUGACAAGCUCGUGUUCCUAGCACUCAACAUGUAGAAGCCUCAGAUUUCAUAUCCGUUCUACUUGAAGUGCUUUUGUUUGCCUCUUAAAUAUUGCAAUCGUUUUGCAGCUACACUUUAAACUUGAAAGGCUCAGUGUGUGAUAUUUUGUAACCAACAUUUAUUUUAGGGGCAAGGCCAGUAGGCCUGUAUUUUUGCUACCCUUCAGACUUUAAGAGUUGUUAUUUCACUUGUUAGAUUUUGUAUUAUUAUUACUAUAUUGAGGCUGAAGUUGUUGCUGCACUUUAAAACAUUGAAGUUUACAUAAAGUACGUUGCACUGCACAAUGCUCUUUAAACCUCAGAAGCAUUCAAUUUGUUACUUUUUUAUAUCCAAUAAGAAGACAGGCCAUUACUAUUAUGGUUAAGUGCGUUCUAUUGCCUGCUCUACAGAACAAGGAAUAGUACUUGGAAACAUCGUACACGUAAACGAUGGUUCAGGAGAAGUCUGGGGGGUUACUCUGUUGAAGUUGGCUGCUGCUAUGUUGAAUUAUUUUACUGGCAGAUGUUAACAUGCCCAACACGUCUUGCUUGGAAAAAAGUUCUAAAUAAAAUAAAUAUUUAGUUCCUACUACCUUUUUUUGGUAUAUAGUUUCAAACUGCAUUGCCGCAUUGCAAUUUUAUAUAAACUAUUCAUGAAUUGAAAUUGACAUAACAUAACGCUGCAUUUUUGAAAAUAGGUUGAAAUAUGACAUGUCGGUCAUGUUGGAGCUGGGUUCUGACUAUCGGUAUAAACUCCUUCCCUUCAGCUGCAGCUUGGUGCAUCUCUGAUCGCGACGCCUGUCUGCUGCGCGGCUGCCGGCUUGUGGAGCUCUCGGAUGGAAACCGAUGUUUUCCACCCGGUUCUCCCCAACGGCAGCUCUGCACAUCUCUGAUCGCAGCGGCGCCUGUCUGCUGCACGGCUGCCGGCUUGUGGAGCUCUCGGGAGACCUCUGUGUUCCACCCGGUUUUACCCAGCGGUCAGCCCGGCGUAUCUCUGACUCAACAGCUCCGGUGUUGUGCACAGUUAACUCUGGUUGUAGGUACAUAGCUACCUCCGUUAGCUUAGCUCCCACCUCUGCGUUAGCUUGUAGCUACAUUGCUUCAGUUCGACCGGUGUCGUCAUUUGAUCCCAGCCUCAGCUCCACCUCUUUUCCCUUUUAUGGAAUUGUCUGGGCUUGACGGAACCUGUGACACGGUCAAAAUGGCGGUGGUGGGAGCCUUCCAUUUUGGCUAAAAACUUAUAAUUGGAGCCUAUGGAAACAAAUUGUCCAGUAUAUAUGUCGAUGGUAUGACCAGACUGGUCAUAGAGCCCAAUGUGAGGUACUCUUUACCUUAUGGGUACAAAGUCAUUAUCAAAACCUUGGCAGCCAGAAAAGAAAAAAAAACAACUUAUUCAAACUUGGGUGAGGUCAAAUGGACUGGAACAGAUUAUGAAACUAUCAAAGCUGGAGAGACAAAAGUCCUAGAAGGAUUCAUGAGAUGCAGAGUACCAGAUACUGGAAAGUCCCACGACAACUUUUACACCCGAUGGCCUUUUCCAAGAUGGAUUAGUAACUUUCCAAAUGACCACAAAAUGUACCAGUCAUUAACGAAAAUGAAUCCAGUCAUUUCAUCACACUCAUUCCAAAGACAUCCAUGUGUAAAAAUCUCAAAUUUCAUAGCAGAAAAACAAAAUGUAAGGCAUCGCAUUUUUACGUGUGCCUUUUCUGUGAUGUUUCUUCAUGCUGUCAUCAGUGUCGGUGAAUUCUCUGAAGCGUCUGUCAGCACCACUUCAUACAUUCUCACACAGACUCUUCCUCAGCAGGCUGACAUUUCUGUGGCCGUGACUACGACGCUGUGUUGUCAUUGUGUCAGGAGAGGCCAGCAGAGUGAAAAUGCGUGAGAGCACCGCUCCCACACACUGAGUUUCUGUUGGGUGUCGCAGCCGUGACCUUUCUGCUCCGUCGCUGUCGACAAAACCAGCCCCGCUAAAGCCACCAUGAUGACGAAAGGACCAUGAAACACUUUUAAAAAAUCCAUGUGAGAAAAAAAGGACAAAAAAAUCAAAAGGACCCCUGACAUAGUGUGAAUAAAAGAGAAGUGCUUUCUCACACGAAGCCUUAGCUGUAAAUUCUGGAGCUUAAUAAGAAAACGUUACUAAAGCACCUGAUUGUUCUAAUUCUGGAAGCGACCAGCAUCAAUAAUUCUAAUGAUAAUGAUUUUUUUAACAUUAAACAGGUAACAGGAAGUUGGACUUUCCAAGACUGAACUGGUGUUCUGGGAUCUUUAGUGGUUUUUACACAAUGGCAUUUAGAAAUUUAUGAUUUGUGAAAAUUAGCCUGUUGAUUCAAGACUUUAGCCUUAAAAUGCUUAAAUUUGCUCGACUUUGCAUUAGUAGAUUAAAUCGCAAUUUAAUCUCAGUGAAAACAAAAAUUAUACAUUUUUUAUUUAAACAAAUUUUUAAAAAUCUUUUCUAAAUUUUCAAUUUUGAGUCAACUACCCAUCACGACGCUUCUGGGUUUCAUCCAGAGUUAGCUUUCAUCCUGACUUUCUCUGAAUAGUUUUGAUGAAAACUCGUGCUGAACACAGAGGACAAGGAAUGAAGUCAAGCUAGAAGCCAGAACUUCUGUUUUUUUUUCAAUGAAACACGCUGCGAUCAGAUUUGUGUUCACUGAAAAUAAGUUAGGAAACUAUGUCUCUUAUUUAAUCUAUUACAGGUCAGCAUGCACUGUGCUGCACAUCUGCAUCGGUGCUGAAGUUGUGGUUCUGGAGGAUGAGCCUGAGGAAGACGUGUGGAGGAGGUCAGUGGUGCUCUGUCCUGAAGGAGGUACCAGCAAACCAUCACUACUGUUAACAGGCAAGUCAUUCACAGAGAUGUAACAGCCGUGGUCUGAGCCAGCCCAGCAGUCCCUGUAGAUGGACGAUGGAGUGGACAGUGAGAGGAAGCGUCCCAAAGCUCUCUCUGCAGACCGUCCUGUAUGAUGUUCCUCUGGCCAGAAACAUCCAGCCACGGGUCUUCUUCAGCCCUCCAUCCGCGUCUGGAUCCUCCUGCAGCAGAUCCAGCUGCACUGUUAAAGACUUCCUGCUCACUCAGUUUAAAUAAAUGAUCCAGGAAGAGUCACUCAGGUUAAUCCUGCUUUAACCGCACAUAACUGGUCCAUACUGGUUUUGAUCUGUAAAUAAGUGUAACGUGUUAUAAAUAAUCUUGCCUCCUUACCAUCUUUUCAUUUUCUGUUCAUGUAACAUGCUCAAAAAACAUCUGUAAUAAUAAAACUGGGGAUAAAAUCAAUGACCAGAAAGAGUUAUCAGUUAGUAUUUGUUUUAAUAAAUGUGUUCAAAUAUCAAACAGCUAAAUAACAUUAACAUGAUGACAGUAGAAGGCCUCUCUCCCAGGAUGACCACCAGGUAAAGCCUCUCCUGACCCUGGACACCUGCAGCCCUACAGAGAAAAUCAGAGACCACAGGUGACAAAAAAGCAAUAAACACAUUUUUACAACAAGAAACAUAAAACGGAAUAGAAUGAUCAUAAAAUGCUAAAAUUCUGCUUAUUUUAAGGAAUACAAAAUGACAAUAUAAAAAUACUGUGUGGAUUUAAAAGAUGGCAGCGUCCUUAGAAGUAAAGGAAACUGCAAACUAGAAGUGUAAUGAAAAAUGUGCAAAUCACAACAAGCAGCAGAAAGGAAGUAAUGAAAAUGAUUAUUUACUAGGUUAAUAAAUCCCAUAUGUCAUCUGUAUCGUUACAAACGCGUUGUUUGUUCACUCCGAUAUUUGUUUUAGGGGGAAAGUGAUGAAGUAAACAUGCACAUUAGCGGCACCUCGCUCAGUUCUAUAUUUGAACAGUAGGGGUCGCUGUUCGGACAUCCUCGCCUCGCACAAACCACAAAAGAACAGUCACAACCAGGAAGUUUCUUCACUAGGCUAAAGCUACAAGGUAAACACUUCAAUUUUGAUCACUUGUUGUAGCUUUUUGAGACAUUUGUAGUGAUUUAGACAGUAAUUAUAACGUCUGUAGAACAUACCAUAUAUGGACUGUGUAUUGGUGGACUUCCGGUCGAAAUUUGGAGACGCGCAGGCAGAAGCGUCUGCGUCCUGCCAGCGUGUCUUUUAUUAGAUCACGUGAUCAGCCACCUCAUAAAGCCAGUUCCAGCUCAGACCUCUCAGAGUUCAGAAGCAUGUUACGACAGACAUCCGUGGUGGUGGCCGGUCUCGUUUUUGGGACUUUAGUUACCAAAGCUGUUAGAAAAACCGUUGGAUAUUUAACCAAACAGACGAAAAACUCCGAAUUUAAUCAAGAUUUGGCCAUUUUUGAUCAACCAGGCUCACAAGAGGAAACAAAUUGUGAAAGAUCUGAAGUUCUGAAAACUGCAGAAGACCAACACAAUGAAACUGAAUUACAUCAAAAUACAGAUGAAGAAAUGAUUCAUUCAUAUAUGAAUCUGGAAAGUACACAAGGUCUUUCAGAGACCGUUAGUUCAGAGGUUUCAUCGUGUGGGUAUAGCACAGACAGUGAAACGGACUUAGACAAAUCUGGACAAAUGUUUGUGAAUUCAGUCAGAAACUCGACAGAGAAUGAAUUUGAAGAAGGGUCUGAUGCAGUGGAAAGUGAUGAUGAGAUGGGAUUCACUCUAGAAAAAGAUUCAUUUUCAUCUUUUUCAAAUGAUAGUGAUCUUGAAUCUUGGAUGCCUUCACUGGAAGAUUUUAGAAAGAAUGAACCUAAAAUGUGGCUAUCUUCUGAAGAAGAUGAGGAAUUUUGGUUUGGUUCUCAAGAUAAUCUCUCUGAAUUGUCAAUUUUUGACGGUGAAUCUGGAUUAGAGGAAAGCUCUCCCUAUUGUGAAGAAGAGAAGGAAUUUUGGUUUGGUUCUCAAGAUAAUCUCUCUGAAUUGUCAAUUUCUGACGGUGACUCUGAAUUAGAGGAAAGCUCUCCCUAUUGUGAAGAGGAGAAGGAAUUUUGGUUUGGUUCUCAAGAUAAUCUCUCUAAAUUGUCAAUUUCUGACAGUGACUCUGAAUUAGAGGAAAGCUCUCCCUACUGUGAAGAGGAGAAGGCAUUUUGGUUUGAUUAUCAAGAUAAUCUCUCUGAAUUGUCCAUUUUUGACAGUGACUCUGAAUUAGAGGCAUCGAGAAAGAAAUCUGGGAAGAGUGAAGAUGAAAUAUGUGUCUCUGAAGAAAACGUAUUGUUUGACUCUGAAUACAAAGAUUUGCUAGUCUUUUCAGAUGAAAAUGACACCAAAAACAUGUUAACUACAAUGGUUAAUGUAGAAAAGACUAAACCUGGAAUAGCAAGAGUUUGGGAAAUAAGCUGGUGGAAAACUAUGCUAAAGUCUUUGCCGCUUGUUAAUAGAUUAACGUUUUGAUGUUUUUACAAUCUGAAACAAUCCAAUGAAGAGUUUUAGGCUUUUUGAGAGACCGUUAGUUCAGAGGUUUCGUCGUAUAGCACAGACAGUGAAACGGACUUGGACACCACCCCACUUGCACCCACUGUCAUGAGUCGGGGUGAGUACUCGUCGCAAACAUUCCACCUUUGAGUUGUGUUUCAGGAGAGGGAGGCUUCCAGCUGGGUCAGAUUAGCAAUCAGCGGUAUCGGCUACUUAAGGAGUUGGAGAACACACCUCGACGAUUACUACAACUCUGUAGUUUUCCUGCCUUCUAGUGAUUUAGCGUUUUGUGCCUCUUGUGAUUUCUGGAUUUAUUGAUUUUUGUGAUUUUUGUUUUGCUCACGCCUGCCUCAGGAUUUUGGAACAUCUGUGGUGAAAAAACUUCUCUGGAUUCAGUUACUCAUCAGAAUACUCACCUUCGCUACAUAAACCUUCUGGACGCAGCUCUCUGGUGUUCUCCAUUCCUCCCUCCGCUUCGCUCACCUGCUCUCCCCACGCUCCCUCUCCUGGACCUACUCACCUGGACACACCCCGACUCUCGACCUGCCCUUCCCAAUACCUCCACCUACCUUAUUCCCUGUAAGUCUGUUUAUUUAUUUAUUUUAUUUAUUUAUUUUUAGGAAGAGGGCCAAUACAUAUUAAUGAACAUUUCAAUAAAUGUAAAUAUGCCAGAUUAUAGCCUUGGGCUAAUUUCCAUCUGCAGACCCUCCGGCAGGUUGAUGUUAGACACAAAGUAGUGGAAACAUACAGAGAUCGUAUUUACAAGUCAUGUGACAGAGACAAAAACAGUCAUCCCAUUAUACUAUCACAAACAAAUGUCAAGGAAAGUGGACACAGAGGACAGCAUAGAUAGCAAUAACGGAAACACAUCAAUUAUAUUGCACAACCCCGAUACUGCAUAUGCCCUGACUGUCGUGAGAUUACAUUCACCCAUUACACUAGCAGUUGCUUCCCUUUUGAUAAUGUACCAACUCUUUUCCCGGACAAAUAAAAAAUAUAAGUAUUAGACAUGAUCACAUGUUUGUGUGUCCCUCAGCCGCUCUUUUAAGCGACUCUUAAAGAUGUUUAGACUGGUACUUUCCCUCACAGAUAGUGGAAGACUGUUCCAGAAGGUCACUCCCUGGUAUGACAGAGCAGUCUGUGAAAAGGUAGUCCGGCUGAAUGUCAGUUCACAGUCACCUCUAGCAGUGGCUCGAGUCAGUCGAGACCCGACAACACUGCUAGACUUUUGUUUAAUAAAAUCACUCAUUGGUGGUGGCGCCAGACCAUGUAUAACUUUAUAUAUUAAACAGGCAGAUUUAAAUAAUUUAAAAUUAGUAAAAUUUAAAAACUUGUAUUUAUCUAAAAUUUGACAAAGGUGAUACGAGAGUGGUU